AUGGCUCUAGCUGUACCCGACCGCAUCCUAGAUCUACCUACCGCACCCGGACAAAUAUUUGCAUCAUGUGUGUUACUGCCUCGCCUGUCGCAGCUGUCGCCGUCGCCAUCAUCGUCCCCCCUCCUCCCGCGCGCCUCUGGUGCCGCCGGUGCCUCGUUUUUGCAGGGUCCUGCCCCGACGGCCGUCUUCGCUGUGUGGUCCCCGCUGGGCGCACCAAAUGUGGUCGUUGUUCGGCCCAUCGCCGCCCCUGCGCGUCGGUGCGACGUGGCGGUGUCGGCCUUCCGGCGCGCGGUCCGCCAGCCCCGGGGAUCCGGCCGCAGGGGUGGUGAGAGUGCGCAGCCUGCUGCUGCUGCUCCCUCCUUCUUCGCCCGUAUUUGGGGUGCUUUGUUCAGGACAGGAAAAAUGACAGUGUUUCUCUUGAAAUCAGCCCUUGAGGACAUAUUCUCUGAAAGGUUUGUCCUUGCCCCCGGCCAAUCUGCCUACAAGAACCUCAACGACUCCCACAGCUCAGCUACAGAAAGCGAAUUUGAACCAGGAUGCAUCUUCUGUCCGCGAAAUACCACAGACGUGUCGCGCUUCCUGAGCAUCGUCAAGCCUUUCACUGAUCGAGAGGAAAUCAGGUUCGCUGUCCGGAGUGGAGGUCAACAGACUACACAUGCAUGUGCAAAUCUCGAUAACGGGAUCACGGUCGAUCUGAAACUGCUCCAGGGAAUUGAGCUUCGGGAUGGAAUUGUAAGGAUCAAGGCCGGGGAGCGAUGGGGAAAUGUAUAUGAUUUCCUAGCGGGCCAUGGGUUAGCGGUUGCGGGACCGCUUUCGACGGAAAGUGGGAUUGGGGGUGUCACGUUAGGUGGUGGAUUAUCACUCUUCUCAUCCCGCGAAGGCUUCGUCUGCGACAACGUCGUCAAUUUCCAAGUUGUGCUUGCCAACGGGACAAUUGUGAAUGCCAAUCCGAAAACCAAUUCCGAUCUCUGGGAGGCUCUGCGCGGUGGAGGCAACAACUUUGGAAUCGUCACUCGGUAUGAUAUGCGGACGUUUCCUCAGGGCUCUUUAUUUGGAGGGAGCCUGUGGUAUGAGUGCUGCGGGUUCCCACUUCAGAUCAAAGCGCUGAUGAAGGUCCUACAAACGUCGGCAGUCCCAAAAGCUCUCCGACCGUUCAUGGAAAUGUCGUAUGAGGUGCAGGAGUUGCGGAGCGUGGGGAUGGUGUCGGUUCCAGAGGCUGUGGCGUCUGUGCAGCAGCGUCAGAGUCUGGGUCCAGGUGUGGAGAUGGAGAGUUGGAGUCAGAAACCAGAUGUGAAUAAGAGGGAUCGGAGGCAGACAAGGUGUGCGUAUAUGAACACGACAGUGAAGGCAGAUGAAGACACACUGUUGAAGAUAUUUCGUGAGUUCUUUGAGGUGGUGGAUCCGGUGAGGUUCACGAAGGGACUGCGGCUGUCGAUGUCGUUCCAGCCGUAUCCUGUGUCGUUGAUGAGGAAGUCGAAGGAAUUGGGAGGAAAUGUCUUGGGGUUGCAUCGGGGAGAUGGGCCAUUGAUAGGAAUAUUGUUGUUGGCGUAUUGGGAUAAUAAGGAGCAAGAUGGCGUGGUAUUGGAUUCGAUGAAGUUGUUGCUAGGGAGGAUUGAGGACGAGGCUGUUUCGCGAGAUCCCAUUGGAUCUUACGGGCCUCGAAAUAAUCAACGGCUUCAGGAGGUUAGUCGGAAGUAUGAUCCGAGUGGGAUGUUUCAGAGGGCAGUACCUGGGGGGUUCAAGUUGAUGGAUCAUUAUUGGAUGGGGGGUGACCCGUAUUUCCAGUUUCCAUAUAUUUCAUACUACCAAUGA